AUGGAGCAGUUAUCUGUUAUUGAAUCUCAAGAAAGCUAUUGUAAAUAUCACAACAAUAGAUAAAUUUAAUACGCUUGCAUGGAGAUUAACUAACCAUAGAAAUUUAUGUGCUCUUUGUGCUUAUUAAAAGGUAGAUUUUCUUAAAAUGUGAAUGACUUUCUUUAUAUUAAAGAAAUUCAGGAAAAUAAUCAAAAAUUGCCAAUUUAAAAUUGGCCAAAAAAUAUUAGUCCUGAUUUAAUAGACCACUUACAUCAUGAUAUAUCUGAAUGUAGAAGUGAAAUGGAGUAAAAAAUUACAAGCUAUUUCAAGCAACUCUAAAGCUCUAUUAUUGUAUCUAUCGAAAAGCAAUAGAAAAAAACUUUAGAUAUUUUUAAUGAUCUAUACGAUGAGUUGGAGUAACAAAUAUAAAACUAUAAUAAAUUCUUUUAGAGAGAAAAACUCCAUGAAAUUUUCUAAAAUGGAACAUAUUCUGAUUAAUCGUUUACUUAACUUUAAAAUGAAAUUGAAGAAACUAAGGUUUAAAAUCUACAAUAUCUAGAAUAGAGAAGGAAGUAGGCAGAAAUUUUUGAGAAAAAAGUCUUUUAAUAACCACAUGAAAUUAGCAAUGCUAUUAAUUUACUUUUAUUAAAUAUUGAUUUUUUCGAAAGUGAAGAUCUGAGAUCGAUAAUACCCAACUAUAACAAGAUUAUAAAGGAAAACGAUACUUCAGACUAUAACUCUUUGAUAGCUAAAUAGACUUUAUAUUAAAUUAACCAAAGUAGCAAACUUUAGCAAUUGAUAUUCGAACAAAAUCAAAUUAUUGAAUAUAGAAAUAAAAAGAGUUUAUUUGAAAAAUAAACUGAUUCAGAUGUUUUUUCAGAUGCAUAAGAUAUCUUGAAUUAAUUAAAAGCUAAAGAAUAAAAUGUAUUUGAUAAAGUAAAUGAUUAAUAAUAAAAAAAUAAUUUAAUUCAAAAACUAGAAAAUUUACUUAUAAGUUUCAAUUAAAAAUACACUGGUUAAAAUUUCAAAAAUUCUAUUAAAAAAAUGGAAUCAGAAGAAUUCACUUAAGUCAUAAAGUAAAUCGAAAAUAUUUACCAAAAAGAUUGCUAAAAAGACAAGGUGUUCUGUGCAGUAACCUAUUUACAACAAAAUACAGUUUUAUGGCAUCUUUAAACAUUAUUUAAUAUGUUAGUCAAUAUUAAAAAUAAAUAAAAAUUAGAGUUUGCUAUUAUUGCUUCAAACUAUGGAACAAGACCUACAAUUUAAAAUGAAACUGUAACCAUUUCAAAUUAUGGAUAAGUUUAUUUUGAUAUUUAAAUGAAAAAAGAAAAAACAUAUGUUAUUCUUUUGAAAAUUCAUACUUACAAAAAUUCUGGAGAUUUUAAAUUUGGAUUAAUCAAAAAUGGCUAUGCUAAUUAUGAAAUUGGUAGUUACUCUAAUACUAUUAUAUAUAUAAGCACAAUUAGUUCUAAUAAUAUCAAUUUGAUAAGAGGAUAAUAAAUAAAGAAAGAUAAUAUUCCAUAGUAUUUGGAGAUAAGAGUAAAUAUAGAAAAAUAACUCUUUUAAAUUUCAGAUUACCCAUCAUAUAAGAAUGUGAUUUAAUAUUCCGGGCGUUUUGAUACAAGUCCAUCUUAUUAAUUUGGGUUUGGUAGUUAUCAGUCUGAUUAAACUAUUUCUGUAGAGUAUCUUGAAGAAACUGAUGAGUUUAUAAAAUUUUGA